AUGGCGUCCACCAUCCCUGCUGCCGGCAACGCCACCAACGGCUCCACCGCCUCCGCCACCAUUGGCUCAACCUCCUCCGCCACCAUUGGCUCCACCGCCUCCGCUACUAUCGGCUCCACCUCGUCCACCUUCUUCGGCUCAUCCUUUGGCUCAACGGGUGGUUCCACUUCCACCAUGGCCCCGUUGCAAACGUCGAGGACGUUGGGUCUUGCCGAGAAACCCUCCAUUUUCUCGGGCAAGAACUUCAAGUAUUGGCAAGAAAAGAUGUUGUUCUACCUCACAACCGUGGGGUUUGCCGGUUUCUUGACGGAGGAUGCGCCUCCAACCCCGAGUGAAUGGGAGACAAGCUUCGAGGUUCGUGCCGGGUAUGCGAAUUGGUGCCAAGGCGACUACUUGUGCCGCAACACCGUUCUCAUGUCCUUGGACGAGUGGCUCUACAACGUCUUCAAGGUCCAUAAGACCUCGAAAGAGGUGUGGGAGGCACUUGAUCUCAAAUAUCAAGUGGACAAGACGAAUACUACAAAGUAUGUCGUCGCCAAGUGGUUGGACUACAAGAUGGUCGACUCCCGCUCCGUGAUGAACCAAGUGGAAGAGUUCCAAACUCUUUCACACGAAGUUCAAGCCGAAGGAAUGCCCUUGGCGGAUGCGCUACUUGUAGCGAUCAUCAUCGAGAAGUUGCCACCAAGUUGGAGGAGCUUUCAAAACCUUUUGAAGCAUGAGCGCUCGGAGAUGUCCGUGGCAAACUUGGUGUCAAAGCUUCAAAUGGAGGAUCACGUGAGGAGUCGUGAUCAAAAGGGCAAAGCGCCGAUGGAUGCAAAGGCCAAUCUCACCGAGAAAGGCGGUCCUUCCAACAAGCGUGAUCGCCCUAACCCCAACAACAAGGGCAAAGGGAAGCAAGGUGGAGGACAACCAUCAAAGUUUGAUGGGUAA